GAUCAGCAGGAACCUGUUGCCCUCCUACAGCUACAGCGCUCUCAGAACACGAACUCGCGGCGCACGAACACUUUCGCCUACGUGUGGUAUUUAGCCGACAAGGAUGAGGAUAUCGCCUGUGGCAUCCUUGUGGCGGAUGUCCAGCCUUUUGUCCAGAGCGGCGGCCCCAUGAUCAUCGAUCCGCGCAGGCUUUUCUACGAGCGCGACUUCUCGAAAUCCCUGGAUGCGUCUGUGGUUCAGGUGGAUGGCGAAAUGGACUGGGUGAACAGCCAUUUCCGCAACCGCAUGGACGUGCUCGAUGGCUUCUAUGCCCUGCUGGUUGGAGAAUGGUGCGGUGAUGACAAGAUCUUCCAAUACUGGCAGAAAUAUUUCCAGAAGCCGAAUCUGAAUUCAUAG